UCAAAUAGUGUGGACUGGCAUGCAUUCAGAUACGUGUCCAAUUUGUAUCCUCAUAUUCCAGAAUCUUUGGAGAUCAAAGUUUUAAAAAAAGCCUCGAGAGCUUCAUGAAAACUGUGACCGCAAGACGCAUGGCAGUCCCGUCUGUCUCACUCUGAACUUUCCCUCUCUCUCUUUUUAUCCAUCCAUUCCUCCCUCGCUCUCUGUGUUCAUUUUCCGUCUCCUUAUAGUUGUUUUUGUUAAGGGGUUUUUGAAUUUUUGAUAUUUUCAAUCAUUUUCGUGUCGUCUGUUGAAGUGAGCAGCAGAAGAAGGCGAUUUUUAUGGAUUUGAGGGAUGAGAGCCAUCCAUUUACGUGCUAGCAAUUGUAUCAACCCCUAAUAUUGCAUGAUUUGGCCCCCAUAUGCAAUAAACUGAAGGUAGGAGUUCUUUUUUCUCUUUUUCUUCUAAAAAAGAAAUAAGGCACAAUAAAACACAACUAACAUGAGCUGGAUAGCAUUACAGUACUGAAAAUUGAGGUAUUGCACUGAAGAUGAAUGAGGACUAUAAAAGCCUUGAACCCGGGAAGGAAAUAGGGCUUGGCUUGGGUUACACAGACCAAUUCAUUCAGGGAAGAUUGACCAACAAAUCAGGUGUAGGUGCAAAUGCAGGUUCAAUGGUGGAUAUGAAACAUGUUACCACCGACUCCCUGUCUGAAUUAGUUUGGUCUCCACAGAAAGGUUUAAGUCUCAGAUGCACUGAUUCCAGCUUCAAUAAUAGGGAAAGCUCGAUCUUGUGGGAUGYGGCUGCCAAUAACGCAAGAUUUGCACUGCCACGAAGUGUAAUAGCUGAAAAGUCUUCUGCUAAUAAUUUACUUGAUAACAGAACUGUUAUUUUGCCACAAGCAGAGAGUCAUUUGAAGGAUAUAUCUGAGGGUAAACAAACUUCAAAUAGGACCAGUCCUGGUGAUCCUGCCUGCAUGACAAAUGAAGUAAAAAUGCAUACACUGGAGAAAGGAAUGAGGAGCUAUGCAAACAAAACAGAUAGCAGGGAAGAAGUCUCUGUUGUACGUUUUAAACAGGAGGAUUUACAAGCAACUGGAGGAAUGGAUAUAGGUUACGCCGGAAACAAUCCGGUGAUCAAAGGAUCGAUUAUUGGGAAAAACAACUGCUCAAGCUUACCAGUUGACGUGAACAGAAUAAAUGAGGUAUCAAUGGAACAAAACGAACCUGAGCUUGAUAGAGUGCAACAUGAAUUGUUAUUUAUGGAUUCAAUUGGUGGAGACAUCAAUGAAGAUAGUAGAAAUAUUACAGCAGGAAAGGAUGUUCUUCAUCCCGUGGAAGUUCUUGAGCCUUCUGUCUCUCAUCCAACUAUUUUGGGAAAAUUGGAAUCAUCUGCAGAAAAUGAUUUGCAAAAUAUGAAUGAUAAAACUGCUGGGUGCGAGGGAAGUAAAAUUAUAAUAACAGAUUCUUCCCAAGAAGUGAGAGGCAGUAACCAGCCAGAUGAAAAAGACAAUUGCAAAGGCAGUGGAGAUUCAGCUUAUCCAGCUAACUGUAUAGUGCAGUGGAAACAAAGGAAGGGCAAGGAAAAGGCUCUGUCUGAUGGUGAUGUCCAUGGAAGAAUGUCGAAGAAUGAAGACAACAGCUAUGGAAGUGUUGAAAGCUGUAGUAGUGCUUUUCUUUCGACGGCUAAGAGGCGAUGGAGCUUUGAGCAACAGUUAAUUGCUGGGAACAAAAGAGUUAAAAGGCAAGAUGAUAAAACUCCUGGUUCGAACUUCGGUCAAGAUAGCUCUUUUAUGAAUUGGAUUUCAAACAUGAUGAAAGGGCUCUCAGAGCCGGUCCAAGAUGAGGCUCCUUCUCUUGAUCUUGCCCUUGCAAAGCCUGAUGUCGAACAUGGUGGCCUGAAUGAAGAAACAAUGUUCAAGAAGAGUAAUGAUCCUGGGUUCUGCAGCAUCGGUUUCCAAUCUAUUUUCCGGUUGUUGUAUAAUCCAAUCACGAGAGGUGAGGAAGGAGCACCUAGUGAAAAUUGUCAAGCCAAACAACAAGCUAAGGAGAUUGAAGUGAUUGAAAUGAGUUGUGAUGUUAAUGCUACUCCAAUAGCCUGUUUUGGAGGGUCUGAGAACUUUGGCAAACAGCUGCUUCUGAAUAACGAGAACGCCACAGACUCUAAAUCUGGAAAUGCAGCGAUUUCACCAAUACAACUUAGGAAUUCACCUGAAAUUUCUUGUAGCAGUCAUCAGAGUCACAACACCAGGUCUCAAGAGAACAGAAAUUCGUGCAAUCUUGAAAUUGGUGCUAAAACAGGUGAAGUUAUGCACAACUCUGCUCUGGGCAAGAGCAAUUCUAACAGUACAGAGAAUUUUGGCUGUGAUCUACCAUCUGCAAAGACUGCCUAUAUUUAUGCCAAUACGAGCGACCCUCUCAAAAACUUGUGGAUUUCCCGUUUUGCUGCAAAAACUCCUGGAAUUAUGCUAAACCCUGAAACUUGCAACCAAAAUACCAAGGAUGAUUCCCAGGGCUCCAUGCAUAGCGCUAAACUUAUUCCUUGCCCUCAAAAUCACAUUGAUGAUCACUCCACUCAAAAUCACAUUGAUGAUCACUCCGUGGAUGACUUGGACACGGCUGUUAGUAAGGAAAAAUGCAAUACAGCUAUUACCAAGGCUUCCCCUGGUCAUAAGGAAUUCAAGAGCCGUAAUGAGCAGAAAUCCAUUAGUAAGUUCAACUCUGUUUUACGUUCUCCUAAUUUAAGAAGUUCGGAGGCAAUUGCUUCCGUUUUUGCUAGGAGAUUAGGUGCAUUCAAACACAUCAUACCACCAGAUUUGACAGUAAAUGUGGGUCAUGAAAUCGUGACCUGUUUCUUUUGCGGCACAAGAGGUCAUCAUCUACAAAGUUGUUCUGAAAUUACAGAAAGAGAAAUUGAGGAUCUUUCUAGAAAUAUCAGGUUAUGUAAGGAGACAGAUGACUUCCCUUGUGUAUGCUUAAGAUGCUUUCAGCCCAAUCACUGGGCUAUUGCAUGUCCACUCGCAGCCUCAAGAGGUCAACAGCAAUCUGAGGCCCAUGCUUCCUUGCCUGAUCGCAACGACACUGGUAGGAUUGGUUUAAGUGCAAAACCUCAACUUAUUGAGAACAGAAAAAUGGAUGGGGUUGUAUCUGUGCUAGAUGAUAUUGAUGAUCCUAAUAUUAAAACUGAUCUUAAACUUGAAUGCAAAGUCACUGAAGAAGUGAAGUCUGCAGCAAUACCAAUUCCAAGAUUUUCAGAGAAAAUUUUGAAAGAGAGUGAGGUGGUCCAUGUUGACAGCUUCAUGGACAAGCAGGAUUCCGAUCUACCACAAGUGGUCUCCAGCGCAGUUAAAAAACUUCGAUUGUCUCGCAGCAAUAUUCUAAAGUUUAUGAAUUCCCACAUGUCACUGUCACACCUUGAUGGUUUUUUCUUGCGUAUUCGGCUUGGGAAGUGGGAAGAAGGACUUGGGGGAACUGGGUACCAUGUGGCUUGCAUAAGGGGUGCACAACUCGCAAAAAACGCUAUUUCCGUCCUAGUUCAAGGGGUUGAAUGCCAAGUUAAAACCCAGUACAUUUCGAACCAUGAUUUUCUUGAGGAUGAGCUGAAGGCAUGGUGGUGCGUGGCCUCAAAAGAUGGCAGCAAAGUGCUUCCUCCAGCAGCAGAUUUGAGAGCCAAAGUGAAAAAGAAAAAAGAGUUGGGUUUCUAGCAGUUUGGUCUGGACAAAUAUCAGUUCAUCUCUCAAAAACUGUACAUAGAAUUACCAUACAGCCCAUACCCACAGCUUCAAAUUUCAAUUUGAACAGUGUCAUCAAAUUUGUUGUUUAAGAAACUUGCUAUGCUUCCUGUUGAUGGGUGUGCACAUAGAAUUAUUUAGCCUUAGAUGGGCUUUCCAAUGAUACAAACAAAUACCAAAAUGUUUAAGUUUAACAAUACCUUCACAUUUUAUUCCUA